GCCUAGGCGGAAAGUUUCCGAGAGUAGCGCGGGAGCUGAGAAGUUGGAGGCUCGGGUUCAUCUGGGGAAGGCCUUGAGCAGUUUGUUCCGCUGUCUUCCUGCUUUCAGGUUCCCCGACUGCGUCCCCACGAACUCCCCGUCCUUACCGGUUGCUGCUGUGGAGUGCCUCGCUGUCUCCCAGGUCCCCGAGUGAGCGUCGAGUGGGACCUCUGUGGCGAAGGAAGGCCUGUGUGGGUGGCACUGAGAGGUUCCUGGUUUCAGAGAAGAUGACCGAAGAACUGGAUUUCCUGGGACAGGACUCUGAUGGGGGUAGUGAGGAAGUGGUCCUAACUCCUGCAGAGCUCAUUGAAAGGUUGGAGCAGGCCUGGAUGAAUGAAAAGUUUGCCCCUGAGCUGUUGGAGAGCAAGCCUGAGAUUGUAGAAUGUGUCAUGGAACAGCUGGAGCACAUGGAAGAAAAUCUCAGGAGAGCCAAAAGGGAGGACCUGAAGGUCAGCAUCCACCAAAUGGAGAUGGAGAGGAUCCGCUACGUCCUCAGCAGCUACUUGCGGUGUCGCCUCAUGAAGAUAGAGAAGUUUUUCCCUCAUGUCCUUGAGAAGGAGAAAACCCGGCCCGAGGGGGAGCCUUCCAGCCUCUCCCCGGAAGAGUUGGCCUUUGCCAGAGAGUUCAUGGUGAACACAGAGACCUAUCUGAAAAAUGUCGCCUUGAAGCACAUGCCCCCUAACUUACAGAAGGUGGACCUCUUUCGGGCAGUUCCCAAACCAGAUCUAGAUUCUUACGUGUUUCUGAGAGUGAGAGAACGACAAGAAAACAUACUGGUAGAACCAGACACAGAUGAGCAGAGGGACUACGUGAUUGACCUGGAAAAGGGCUCACAGCACUUGAUCCGAUACAAAACCAUUGCACCUCUGGUUGCAUCUGGAGCUGUCCAGCUAAUUUAAAACUAGGCAUAAACAGCCAGGCAUGGUGGCUCACGCCUGUAAUCCCAGCACUGUGGGAGGCCGAGGCAGGCGGAUCAUGAGGUCAGGAGUUCGAGACCAACCUGACCAACAUGAUGAAACCCCAUCUGUACUAAAAAUACAAAAAAAUUAGCCGGGUGUGGUGGUGUGCACCUGUAAUCCCAGCUUCUCGAGAGGCUGGGGCAGGAGGAUCGCUUAAACCUGGGAGCAGGAGGUUGCAGUGAGCCGAGAUCGUGCCAUUGCACUCUAGCCUGG